AUGGUCAAGCGGGACCUGCUCGCGCGCUGCAUGACGUGCCCGCUCUGCCGCGGCCUCCUCCGCGACGCCACCACCAUCUCCGAGUGCCUCCACACGUUUUGCAGAAAGUGUAUAUAUCAGAAGUUUGAUGAUGAGGAAGUAGAAUGCUGCCCAGUAUGUAAAAUUGAUCUUGGCUGCACACCUACUGAGAAGCUUAGAGCCGAUCACAGCUUACAAGAUGUAAGAUCAAAACUUUUUCCAUUCAAAAGAAAGAAGAUUAAUGCAGAAGAAGUUCCAUCUAGUAUUUCACUUCCCACUAAAGUUAAAGAAAGAUCUAUCUCUUCAUUAGUCGUCGAUACACCUAAAGUAAAACCAACAGGCUUGACUGGACGGCGAACAAGAGCAGUUGCCAGAAAAGCUGCUGCCGCCGCCGCCGCCGCUGCCUUGCAUGAACUUGGUCCAAUUAUUGAAGAUCCUGUGAAAAAGGAAGUUGAUAGUUGUGACAGUCAUUCUCACAAUUCAAAUUUGCCUGCUAAUUCAAGCAAAGCACCACAAACAAGAAGACAGAUACCACCUAAUGCGGAGGCAUCUAACCAUUCCUCCAACAAAGACACUGAAGGUGAUAGCAAGGAUGAGUUGGCAGAUAAGUCUGAACUCUGGCGUCCUUUAAAUUGUUUAGUAGAAGCUGCGAACAGGACAAAAUCCUUUAGCAAAGCAAAGGCAAGGGAGAAUCUGGAGAAGUCCAAAACUGAGGAUGACAAAAAAGAUGUUCCCACGCCACCAGUGCUGCCAAAAAGAAGAGCUCAAGGUACUGCACGGAAGAGGAAAGAUCUUCAAGCUCCAACAGAUGUGAAGCCCGAUGCUGCAGCUGCUCAGAGUGCAAAGAAGUUCAGCUCUGUAUGGUUUUCAUUGAUUGCCUCGUUUGACCAGCAGGGAGAUCCACCUUUACCACAGAUUCCUUCCCACUAUUUACGAAUAAAAGACGGAAAUGUCCCUGCUUCAUCCAUCCAAAAGUACCUCAUGCAGAAGCUCAGUCUUCCAAGUGAGUCUGAGGUGGAAAUAAAGUGUUGCGAGCAGCCAGUGAACCCUUCACAACCUCUGUGCAAUUUAGUAGAGCUGUGGCUGAAGGGAAGAGCGACACAGACAACUCAGACCAUGACCGGUUCGUCCGCUAAAGAGUUUGUAAUGGUGCUAACAUACGGACGGCCAAAGGCCCCUGCAAUGUGA